UCCCUGGUUUGUUGAACUAGCACAAUCACCGAAACAAAGGUUGGAAAAACUGACCGGAACUCCGAAGCUCUACCGGAGAUGAACCCUGAGCGCGUGGUUUUUCUGAGCAGUGUUUCUGGUUGGAGCAUUGUGACGGUGACGUCGUAAUUUCAGGGAUCCACCAAUGAGCAGGAAAACAAACUAUCGCAUUGGCUCCCACUCCCGCAGGAGAGGAGGGGGGCGGGCUGGAGGCAGGGAAUGGCGGCAGGAGCAGUAUGAAGAGGAGAACAAUGAAGGAGUGCAGAGCAAGGCUGAGCCGUCUGAGCCCAGGGGUACGUGCAUGUCAAUGUGCCCCGCCCGUGAGCUCCGGGAGAGGGAGGCGCAGAGGCGAUUGCACCGUUUUGAGAUGCUAGCAGGCACGGAGAGGGACCGGAUGCCUAAGGCUGACCCAUCUCGUACCGUGAAGGAAUACUCGCGUCCCGCGGCAGGCAAGGAUUCCACGCGACCCAGUGACCUGCGUCCCCCUUCCGUGCUGCUCAAGACCGUGCAUUUCCUGGUCGAUGACAUCGCGGCCUCCCCCACACUGCAGCCAUGGAACGAGGUUUAUGACUUUGUCUUUGACCGUCUGCGCUGCGUACGUCAGGAUAUGGUCAUCCAGAGGGUGUCUGGGCCAGAGUGCGUGGCUGUGCUAGAGCGCACUGUACGCUUCCUGCUCUACGCCUCGUAUCGGCUAUGUGAAGAACCACUGCGGCUCUAUGACCCACGUAUCAAUGACACACACCUGCAAGAGUGUCUGAGCUGGCUGCUGGACUGUUAUUCCAGUGGAGAGCACCAGCACCAGGAGGAGUUCCAGGCCCUCAACCUGCUCUACAACCUGGGUUCUGCCCGUGCUCUGCAGCGUGCUCUGGAGUUGCCGAAGCGGGUGCGUACAUCUCCAGCAGUGUGCCUAGCGCUGGAGGUUAACCGGGCCCAUCUGGAGCGCAAUCCGGUGCGGGUUCUCUGCAUGGCGCGGAGGCUGGACUUCCUGCAGAGCUGUGCGCUGCACCGUCACCUGGGGGCCUGCCGCAGAGAGCUGCUGAUGCUCUACAGCCACGGACACAGCAGUCGCAACUGCCGCUUCCCCCUCCAGCACCUCUCCUACCUCUUGGCCCUGGAACGACCCCGUACUGCUCAGCUGUGCCAGGCUCAUGGAGUGGCUGUCAGUGGUGACUGGGUUGCCUUCUCCAAGACAUCCUACACAGAGACUCCUCUUGGAGAUAUUCCGAGCUGCCUCUCCCCUGAACUGGUAGACAAGAAGCAGGGUGACAGAACUGUGAGUGAAGUCAUUCAUGGCUGUGCUUAAACCACAUUACCUCUGCCUAUCCAGUAUUUUGGAAGAAUGGAUUGCCUUUCUUGAAGGUGGUAAAGGACUGGGUAACACACUGAAGGUCACCUUCAGUUUUAAAAAGUAGUAGACGGAAAAUAAAAUUUGAACUGUUGUAAUCUGAAUUUGCUGGGAUGUUUUAUUCAUCAAUGUCUUGUCACUUUUGUUAUGGGACUGCACCCAGUCUGGCUAACUAAUCUGGCCUCAUCUAUGUUAUAAAGAAUUGUGUUCAAUGUGUAUUACACAUUUCAUUGUGUGUGACUGUGUGGAAGGAAAGAUAAAUGAAAGAAAGGAAAGCAAAACAAAAA